GAAAAAUAUGAAAGUACCACUAUGAGAGGAUUCCCAGUCCAUUCUGCAAAGACAACGUUCAAUAAAAAUCUUAAUAUUACUUAUUAUUACAAAACUUAUUUAGACUUACCUGACAUAUUACAAGCAAGUCGAUUACAGUUAAGUGGCUUGGAUUCGUCGUUUGGACUUAUAGCUAAUAGAGAAAAGUUUUAUUUGGAUAUUUACUCAUUGGAAGAAUCAGAGGAAGAGUUUGGUAAAACAGUUACAGUUACACCAGGAAUCGGUUGUCCCUUGAACCUCAUAACAUCAGAAUCUCAUGACUGGCUUAUGAUACCAGAAAUGUCAAAAUCAAAUUAUCAUUUCAUUGCAAGAACUACUGUUGAUGGACCCAAAAAAUCAAGCACUUUGAGUGAGAUGUUUGUUAACAGUAAAGAUCUAACCACAAGUUUGAAAACAGUAGAACAAGGGAUUUUAACAGAAUCUCUUUACGAUUAUAACUUGGGAACUGUUUAUGUCUCAUUGAAAAAAGGUCGUUGUUUGGUCUCUAGUGUUGGACCAAAUAGUCCAGGAAUAAGUAAAUAUAAAACAUUUGGUUCAGAUGGAUUCCUCAAUUAUGAAGAAUUAUCGAGAUACAUUUAAGUACUCAUACCUUGGUAAAUAUUUUAUCAGACCAGGAUACGAAACUUAUGUUUGGGAAAGAACUGAUUACAAUUACGCAUUCGAGGGAGAAAAAUAUGAUAAAUUCGUUACUAGUCAUUAUUUUGUUUCGUCAGCUGAUGCAAAGUUAUUCAAAGAUUUCAUUCUAGUGAGAACUACGACUAACAAUUAUAAAAAAGUAAACAACGAUACUUUUAAAUGGAUCGAAACAAAAACAAAAGAUUAUUAUGGAUUAGAAGAAGUAGAAUCAGGUCGAGAUUAUGAGACUGAACUAUCAUUACGUUUCAGUGAUUGUUACCAGGACUCUACCGAGAGAAAGACUUUGGCAAUUUAUUUCACUUGUAAAGAUCAAUACAAUGAAUUGGACUGUGUAAAGUAUGCAGAAAAACAUUAUAAUAAAUUUCUCGAAAAUCUCAAGGAUACUUUGUUGAGUCAAAAUAUUUCUCCUGCAAGAAUAGCCAAUAUUGACUUGGUUUUUGAAGGUCAAAAUAUCAAAGCAUUAGUGACCUUUUUGAAAAUCCCUAAUAUUGAAGACAGUUUACAAAAAGAGAGAAUGAAAUUGUCUCAGGAAGCUCUUUCAAGCUUAGAUCGGAUUCCUGCAGAAUCGGCUGGAGAUUGUCUUUACAAACAAGUUGAAUUCUAUUAUGACCAAGAGGCGAUUGUGUUUUGCUAUGCUGAUUACACAAGGCCAAGCAUUUGUGGUAGGAUUCAAUCUUCAGAGAAAAUCGUCAAAAUGGAUGCUGGUACAAUUUGCGAUGUAUAUUAUCCAGUCAAAAGUUACUCUCAAUUUAGAAACGAAAUUCAUCUUGAUAAAAUGGAAGAUUAUAUUCGCCGUCGAUCAUUAGCAAUCUAUAUGACUGAUGAUGGUUUCAUCUAUUACAAAUCGACAAAAGUCGUCGAUGUCACUAAUGAGUUAGACAAAAACAAAGACUCUUUCAUCUUGGUUGCCACUAUUAAUAGGAAAUUGAUUGAUUCCAAUGUUUUAUUAGCCAAAGAUGUUUCCAAUCUUGCUGAUUGUUAUCGUACUUGUGCUCAAGAUAAUGUUACUCUUUGUGAGACUUUCGUCUAUUGUCAAUAUCCAGAUAAAUUGUCUUGUUAUACAUCUAAUGUUAUCUUUGCUAAUUUAUACAAACGAACUACAGAAGAUGAAUCUUGUAUAAUCUACUCAAAGAAUCGAUUAUUGGAUUACAUCAAAAUAUCUUCGAGAGAGUUUAAACAAUCGUCUAGCAUUGCUAUUGAUGCUCCAAUUGGUGAUUGUGCUUCAAUAUGCAGUUCAUCUGAUGAAUGUUUCUCAUUCCAACAAUGUGGUGGUUCUUGUACUUUGAAUGGCUAUUAUACCGAUUCGAUAUCCCAGAAAAGUGGUGAUUGUGAUAUUUAUAUUCCGGAAGUCUCUCAACAAUUCACAUCAACUGGACGUAAGCUCGUCUCUGAAGUUUUUCACACUGAAGUUAACCUAAAUUUAGAUCAAUGUGCUGCUCUUUGUCACAGUUGGACAAACACCAACGAACCUUGUGUAUCAUUCAAUUAUUGUUCUCAAAAUGGUGAAAUAAGUUCAUGUAACUUAUCAAAAUAUUCAACCAACGAUAAAUCAGCAAAUUUAGUUGAUUCAGGAGUUUGUAAGAAUUAUGAAUACAAAAACCCAGCUAAUAGAGGAAACAAUUAUUUGAAUGAUCGGGUUAGCGUCAGAGGAACAAGUGGAGGGGCUGCUUUUGGUAUAAUCAUAUUGUUCAUUACCGUUGGACUUUUGCUUGGAUUUAUUUUCCCAAUGCUUAUCAAUGGAAAACUAAAGGAAAUUGUCACUGAAAAGUUUGUUUCAUCAUCUUCGUCGGAACGAGAAAUCAAUUCAUUCCAUUUUUCGAGACAAAGGGAUUAAACAGAAAACAACUAUCCCAUUCAAAUUGUAUUCAUGGAACUAUUAAUAA